AUGGGGACAACUUCUUCAUCUCCUUCUUCUUCCUCCCUAAAUCAGUCUUCAUCUUCUUCACUUAUAAUAGCUGAAAAGGUGCAGACUCAACCUGAAUCUGAUAAUGAUAAGAUACAAUGUUUGCUAAAGUGGACUCAUGGAGGGAAUGAAGUAUUUGUAGUUGGAAGCUUUAACAAAUGGAAUAUAGAUGAAAAAAUAAAACUAUGCCGGAAUGGCCAUGACCAUAUAAUUGUUGUCGAACUUUCCAAAGAUAUUCAUUGCUACAAAUACAUUGUAGAUGGGGAAUGGCGUUACUCAUUUGAUGACUGUAUUGAGACCGAUGAUAAUGGCAAUGUUAACAAUAUAAUUGACUUAAGGAAUUAUAGAGCACCACAAUAUUUUAUACCAAAUGAAUAUUAUCAAAUAAAGUAUGCACACUAUCACCAAAAUAUGCCUUUAGAGUAUCCUGCUGAUGCUCCAGCUUUACCUUUGCUACUUAAAAAGAGUAAGUGCCCUCUGGAGGUAUGUAACAACCUCCAUACACCAUUUCACUGUAUAAGCAAUCACAUAUACUAUGAUUCGAUGAUUCAAGAUAUAUUUGGACCAUAUAUGGUAACUUUUUGCGUUACAAGAAGGUGGCAAGGUGCUGAUAAUAUUCCCCAUGAGACAAAGUGCUACCAAAGAUAUACUACUUUGCUCUAUGCAACUAUUCGGAAUUCAGAAGCUGAUUUUGAUUAUAUUUCGACUAGUAGAAGCUAUAAUAGAUAUGAUGACUACAAGGAACAUAUCCAACAGAUAGAUGGAGAAGAUAAAUAUUAUUCUGUACGAAUGCGAGUUCUAACUGAGUUAUUUGCAUCAAUUUUUUUAUAG